AUUUUUUGCUAAAUUCUGUCCUGAGUACCUUUUUUUACUCCUUGACUAACACUUGUGUUCACAUUGUGAUCAUUGUGUGUUUUUAAACCUUUCAAAUCGAAUUACAAUGGUUGGUAAGACUCACAAAUGUGGGCAACCAAAUUGUUUGCUCCCCGUUGAGGAGGGAAUUCAGUGUGAUGAUUGUGAAAAGUGGUACCACAAAAUGUGUACACACCUAAGUCCGAUGGCAUACAAAAGAUGCUCGAAGUCUAACUCGCAUUGGCUUUGUGUGUUCUGCUGUACAGAUAAAAAGGUACUAGUUCAGGAGGCUAUGGCCCUAUUGGCUUUGGCCUGCAAGAAAAACGAUAGCACAUGCGCUGACAACACGGGCACUGACAGUGACGAAUGUGUCCGUGUAGUACCUGCUGUUACGCGAUGCCUCAAACGACCGACUCCAACCGACACAAAAGUGAAAUCUCCGUUAACAUCAACAAGGGGAGUAAUACCACCUGGUACUGACAUUGGUAACAAUGCACCUUUAGUGGGAACCGACGAAUUGGAUAAAACCGUCACCGUUCCAAAUAGUCCUAAUGUCCUGAGGGAUGAAAAAUAGACUACGGUACGUGGGAAAUGAAAAGAAAAAAUCUGUAGGCAGUACACAGAUAGUUAGUAACUCACUGAUGGACUCCCAUUGUGAGUCUCUAACUGCACUACCAAAAUCUGGUGGUAAGAGUGAAAGCCAUCCUGGAGUGACUGAGAAGAAAAAUCAAAUAACAUCUAAUAUUAUUGUGAGCAAAUUGCGGGAGUCAAACUACUCUGAUCCUAAAAUUAGACACGCGCAUGAUUUAGAACAGCUAGGAGAAUAUAUUCGUAGUAUUUUACCAGAUAACUCUAAAGGAGUUCAGGUCAAAAAAUUGGUUAGAAUAGGCAAGAGAACUGAUGACAGUGUUGAACCCCGACCAUGCAGACUCCUUAAGG